AUGAUUAGCGAUAACAGAGCAGAGCGGAACCCGCAGCAGCAUUUAGCUGCAUUAGCAUCGGUAACUGUCGGCAGAGGAGAUGCUUUUGGACUGAAACGCGUCACAGCUUCAGGAAGACGAGUCGCGUUCACUUCGUUUGGAGCAAGGAUGGAUUCAUCACUGAGAAAAGCUCCGUGCCAAUGCAUCCUGAUCAUCGAUUCAUGUUUAUUAGAAGACCUAUUUCUGAUUGAGGCAUCGAACCGCCCCGGCGUUUCCAUCAUGUCAGCUGGUUUUGUGACUCUCUUCCUUCUCGGCCCUGCUCGCAUCACCAGUGGGGACCACCAGUUGUCCUGCAGCCCUCCCUCCGUCCUGAUGUCACAGCAGAGUCCUCUAGAUCCAGCUGAUCAGCCGGAGCAGCUGCCUGGUUACUACUGGCCUGACUGGUACCAGAAAGAGGGGGGUUCGGGGGCGGGACUAGGCCGGGGGGUGCAUGUGUCCGAGGAGCUGCUCAGGAUUUGGUCUGAUGUUGUGAAGCUCUUGGUGCCGUCGCUAGUUUUAUUCCUUCGGUGGAGGAUGGGGUGCUGCUUUAGUAAGGAGCUCAGCCCCGUCCCACAGACGGAGACCAGCGGCCUGUUAGCAUCGCCACACCUGCAUGGACUCAGCCCGGUGACGGAGCAGGUCCGGCAACACGCUGUGGUUCUGGCUCAACACGUGAGUCUGGAGGAAGAGGACCCACGUGUCCCACCAGCUGGACUCAAAGCUCCAAAGGAGAAGGAAGACAAUCCAGAACUGGACAACGGUGUUUGGACAGCGUCUCUCAAAGCUAAGGAGCCUAUUAUCACCAGCUACGCUAUCACAGAAACAAAGGGUGAUGGGACAUGUGCCACCAGUCUCAGCUGUGGACCGCCUCCUUAUAUGGAGGUGUCCAUUCAGAGUCUAGACAAACCAGCAUCCAAGGUGGUGCUGCCGGACCAGAUCCAGCUCACGAGGACAGAAAGUCUCUCGUCUCCUGUUGUUUUCACUUCUGUUCUUCACUGGGUCCAUGGCACAGAUGGUGGGAUUCCUCAAGGUCCUCCUCAGGAGGUCGGUGUCUCUCAGGGUCCUCCUCAGGGGGCUGGAGUCUCUCAGGGUCCUCCUCAAGAGGUCGGUGUCUCUCAGGGUCCUCCUCAAGAGGUCGGUGUCUCUCAGGGUCCUCCUCAGGGGGCUGGUGUCUCUCAGGGUCCUCCUCAGGAGGUCGGUGUCUCUCAGGAUCCUCCUCAGGAGGUCGGUGUCUCUCAGGAUCCUCCUCAGGGGGCUGGAGUCUCUCAGGGUCCUCCUCAGGGGGCUGGAGUCUCUCAGGGUCCUCCUCAGGGGGCUGGAGUCUCUCAGGGUCCUCCUCAGGGGGCUGGAGUCUCUCAGGGUCCUCCUCAGGAGGAGGAAGGAGACAAACACUCCAUCAGCAUGUCCACGCUCUGUCAGGUAACAGAAACAAAAACUCUUCACUUCUACAGCAUCUGUCCUAUUGAUGCUGCAGAUCUUGAGCAUGACCAGAACCAGAACCAGAACCAGGACCAGACAGCUGGAACACCAUCCGUCCCCACCGUUGAAGGAGAAACAGCUGCUCCAUCCUGGACGGUGAGACCUCCAGUUUUAAGCCAAUCGGGGACUUUUUCAGACACUGAGUCUAAGCUGACCCGAAGGUCACAUGACCAGGAAGUGGCGUGUGUGGUUCUACACGCGGCCGAACCAUCUGGGGAACAUGUGGACUCUGUGUCUGACUCUUGGCCCGGGGCCAGGGAAGACCCUCUGUCUCACGAGUUUAACCGUCUCACAGAUGAAGACAUUUCUGACUGUAAUGACAUGGAUCAGAACCGGGCCUCUGGUCAUCAUCCUGAGUCCAGAGCUGAUCAGAACAUCUAUGAGUCAGCAGCAGCUCCAGAACCGAACCUGUCAGAACCCUCAUCUGUAAACACAAACACCAACCUGCUCCAGAACCAGCGGUCCGUCCGGACUGAAUCCGCCUCUGUGGGCGUUUGCAGAAACACGGACACAGAACCACCCCGCCUAUCGGGUCAUGUGGUUCUGGAUCCUCCCUCAGAUUUAAUAACAAUUUCCAAAAUGUCCGACAUUUUUUCUAACAGACCUUCAUCUGGAUCCGGAGGAGAUUCUGAACCAACAUGUUCUAGUUCUGGUUCUGGGUCGGGUCCGAGUGGACAGCUGUGUGAUGGAGCUGAGUGUGGGGGGGUGUUCACCUCAGAGCAUGAAGACAACAACCAGACUCCAGGAGCAGAAACCCAGACAGCUGAUGUUCUGUCUGGUUCCUCUGAAACGGGUCAGAACUGGACGGGUUCUGGAGGGUGCGACACCUCCUAUGAGAUCUGUGGGGGGGUGAAAGUCUGUGAGGCUUCAGAGGACAGAACAGAGGUUCUGGGUCAGAGUCUCCCUCAGCCUCCUGCUACUGCUGCUCCUCAUCCAGCUGCUCCUCCUGCUGCUCCUCAUCCUGCUGCACCUCCUCAUGCUGCUCCUCAUUCUGCUGCUACUCCUGCUACUGCUGCUCCUCCUGCUGCUCCUCAUCCUGCUGCACCUCCUCAUGCUGCUCCACAUCUUGCACCUCCUCCUCCUGUUCCUCCUACUCCUCCUGCUACUGUUCCUCCUACUCUUCCUGCUACUGCUGCUAUGCAUCCUGCUGCACCUCCUCAUGCUGCUCCUCCUGCUACUGCUGCUCCUCAUCCUGCUGCACCUCCUCAUGCUGCUCCACAUCUUGCACCUCCUCCUCCUGUUCCUCCUACUCUUCCUGCUACUGCUGCUAUGCAUCCUGCUGCACCUCCUCAUGCUGCUCCUCCUGCUACUGCUGCUCCUCAUCCUGCUGCACCUCCUCAUGCUGCUCCACAUCUUGCACCUCCUCCCCCUGUUCCUCCUACUCCUCCUGCUACUGUUCCUCCUGCUACUGCUGCUCCUCAUCCUGCUACACCUCCUCAUGCUGCUCCAUAUCUUGCACCUCCUCCCCCUGUUCCUCCUGCUACUGUUCCUCCUGCUACUGCUGCUCCACAUCUUGCACCUCCUCCUCCUGUUCCUCCUACUCCUCCUGCUACUGUUCCUUCUGCUACUGCUGCUAUGCAUCCUGCUGCUACUCCUCCUGCCACUGCUGCUCCUCAUACUGCUGUACCUCCUCCUGCUGCUCCACAUCUUGCACCUCCUCCUCCUGCUACUGUUCCUCCUGCUACUGCUGCUCCUCAUCCUGCUGCACCUCCUCAUGCUGCUGCUCUUGCUACUGCUGCUCCUUAUCCUGUUCCUCCUACUCCUCCUCCUACUGUUCCUCCUGCCACUGCUACUCCACAUCUUGCACCUCCUCCUCCUGCUACUCCUCCUCCUGUUCCUCCUUCUCCUCCUGCUACUGUUCCUCCUGCCACUGCUGCUCCACAUCUUGUACCUCCUCCUCCUGCUACUCCUCCUCCUGUUCCUCCUACUCCUCCUGCUACUGUCCCUCCUGCCACUGCUGCUCCUCAUCUUGCUCCUCCAACUUCUGCCCCUCAUCCUGCUGCUCCUAAUCCUACUGCUGUUCCUGUUGCUGUUCCUCCUGCUGCUCCUCAUCCUGUUCCUCCUACUCCUCCUGCUACUGUUCCUCCUGCUACUCCUCCUCCUGUUCCUCCUACUCCUCCUGCUACUGUUCCUCCUGCUAUUGCUGCUCCUCAUCCUGCUGCACCUCCUCCUGCUGCUCCACAUCUUGCACCUCCUCCUCCUGUUCCUCCUACGUCCCCUGCUAAUGUUCCUCCUGCUACUGCUGCUCCUCAUACUGCUGCACCUCCUCCUGCUGCUCCACAUCUUGCACCUCCUCCUCCUGCUACUCCUCCUCCUGUUCCUCCUACUCCUCCUGCUACUGUUCCUCCUGCUACUGCUGCUCCUCAUCCUGCUGCACCUCCUCAUGCUGCUGCUCCUUAUCCUGUUCCUCCUACUCCUCCUCCUACUGUUCCUCCUGCUACUGCUGCUAUGCAUCCUGCUGCUACUCCUCCUGCCACUGCUGCUCCUCAUACUGCUGCUGCUUCUCCUGCUGCUCCACAUCUUGCACCUCCUCCUCCUGUUCCUCCUACUCCUCCUGCUACUGUUCCUCCUGCCACUGCUGCUCCUCAUCUUGCUCCUCCUACUUCUGCCCCUCAUCCUGCUGCUCCUAAUCCUACUGCUGUUCCUGUUGCUGUUCCUCCUGCUGCUCCUCAUCCUGUUCCUCCUACUCCUCCUGCUACUGUUCCUCCUGCUACUCCUCCACCUGUUCCUCCUACUCCUCCUGCUACUGCUGCUCCUCAUCCUGCUGCACCUCCUCCUGCUGCUCCACGUCUUGCACCUCCUCCUCCUGUUCCUCCUACUCCCCCUGCUAAUGUUCCUCCUGCUACUGCUGCUCCUCAUACUGCUGCACCUCCUCCUGCUGCUCCACAUCUUGCACCUCCUCCUCCUGUUCCUCCUACUCCUCCUGCUACUGUUCCUCCUGCUAUUGCUGCUCCUCAUCCUGCUGCACCUCCUCCUGCUGCUCCACAUCUUGCACCUCCUCCUCCUGUUCCUCCUACGUCCCCUGCUAAUGUUCCUCCUGCUACUGCUGCUCCUCAUACUGCUGCACCUCCUCCUGCUGCUCCACAUCUUGCACCUCCUCCUCCUGCUACUCCUCCUCCUGUUCCUCCUACUCCUCCUGCUACUGUUCCUCCUGCUACUGCUGCUCCUCAUCCUGCUGCACCUCCUCAUGCUGCUGCUCCUUAUCCUGUUCCUCCUACUCCUCCUCCUACUGUUCCUCCUGCUACUGCUGCUCCUCAUACUGCUGCUGCUCCUCCUGCUGCUCCACAUCUUGCACCUCCUCCUCCUGUUCCUCCUACUCCUCCUGCUACUGUUCCUCCUGCCACUGCUGCUCCUCAUCUUGCUCCUCCUACUUCUGCCUCUCAUCCUGCUGCUCCUAGUCCUACUGCUGUUCCUGGUGCUGUUCCUCCUGCUGCUCCUCCCCCGCAGAGCACAUCAGAGAGCGGACUGGUCCAGAGUCAGAUCCAGGAUGUAAAAGGUCCACAAGACGAUGAAGUCCACCAUCCAGUUGGUGGUGUAGAGAACCCCUCCAUCACCUCUCAGCCCACCUCCUGUACCUCCCAGAUUUCCUCCUCCAUUGCUCCCUCUGGCCGGUUGGACAUCUCACUCAGCGCCGGCAUACCGCAGGACGUGUGUAAGGGUUUGGUUCAGCUGGAAAAUUCAUCAUCAGACCAAAAGAAUCAGGAAGAAACAAACGCCGACACUUCCUCUCCAAACCUUGAGGUCCAAACCUCCACCAGAACCACCGACCCAAACUGGAUUCAUUACCGAGCUCUCUGCCAGGGUGGUACUGCAGCUGCUGUGGACCCAGAUCAGAUCGAUGUUCACGCCUCAACUCCGUCCUACCAGAUUCACCUUCAGGGUCACGACCUUUCUGAUGGAGAGGCAGAGAUGGACGGAGGGAUCAGGGAGAUGGUGUCGGAGCUGCUGGGAGAGGAGGCCGACUCCUCCAUCUGCCGACUGUUCCCGCACCUCUGGGUCCGACUGGGUCUGGAGUCCAGCUGUGAGGGCUGGGCUCAGGGGGGCGCUGAGGCCAGAAUCAGAGAGGGCGGUGACGGGGAGCUGAUCCCAGACCUGGUCUCAGAGAUGCAGCCGCCCAUGGGAGCGCUGCCCUACAGCACCGUGAUGCCUCAGGGGGCCUGUGUGUGGGACUGGUACACACACGGCUGUCAGGCUGAACCUGCUGCUGCCUCCAACCUGAACCCAAAUGCAGAAGAAUGGACGGAUCAGAACCACGGUGGUACCGGUCUGGAUCCUGCCUACCUGCAGUCUGACGGCCUGAGCCACCUGGAGGAGCUGCUGUUUGAGGCUGAUCUCAGCACAGCGGGGUCCCACAGGGAGGACGCUAACACAGAGGUCACCUGCCCUCUGGUCACAGAUGAGGUCCGAGAAGAGCUGAGCAGGGUGUUGGAGUCUUGUCUGACCAGAGACACCGCCGACUGUGACCUCUACCUGAAGUCUCAGAUGGACAGCGACCAGUAUGUCUCCAUCUCAACUCUGGCCGGCCUGGACAGGAUCAGGAGUCUGACCACAGACCUGGCUCUGAUCUCUGCAGUCCUGAAGUCCAUUCCUCUGGCCCAGAUGUCCCCCUGUGGACUGAAGGUUCGGCCCAAGCGAAGUCGGUGUGUCAUCAUCCUGAGAGAGAUUCCUGACACGACUCCUGCAGAGACGGUGGCGGCUCUGUUUGAGGGGGAAGACCUGCCAAAGGUGCUGAGCUGCGAGUUUGUCAACAACAACUGUUUCAUCACGUUCAGCACGGAAGCCGACACACAGCAGGCCUACAGCUACCUCCGGGAGGAGGUCCGUAUGUUUAUGGGGAAGCCCCUCAUGGUGAGGAUCAAAACCCAAACGGUCCCGGUUCCUCCGUACGCUCAGCAGAACGAUUUCAGACCCGACCCGUUGGACCGCUGCAGCAGCCAGAACAGCUGUUACGCCCCCCCCACCCCGUUCCUCCCUCCACAGGUGCCCCCCCAGCAGCUGGACGAGCUGGGCCCCGGGCCGUGGACUCCUGCUGUAGCGGGCUUCCAGGAAGGCGCCGAGCACCACCUACAGGUGACUGACUUCAGGAAUGGAUCUUCAGCAGGUUCUGACUUCAGACUGCAGAAAGCACACCAUCCGAGGAGAGGCUCCAGGUGGGCCAGCUCUAGAGACCGCCUCCAGGUCCAACAGAGAGGCUUUAUUCAGCCAUCAGAGCCGCCGCCAGAGCGUCCCCUGUCCCUCACAAAGACGAGACGAGGCCAGAGACGAGGAGACCGCCAAUGUCAGAGCCGGGGAUGGCGCUCGGAGCCCGACAGGCAGUUUGAGCUGGUCUCUUCUGAGCAGGGGAGUUACUUUGGGAGAGGAAACAUCGGGUCCCGGAGUUUGGAAAAAGCGACUCUGCCAUCUCCUCCUACUGAGCUCAGCAUGACGAGCUUCCCUCCUCUUUCUGCCAGAAACGUUACCGUGGCAACGGCACCUGCAGCCACUGACAUCAAGGAUCCACAUAUCAGCGUCUCACCUCCUCCGGUUCUGGAGCUUCAGUGCGGUUCUGACCCGAGCGCGAAGAACCAACUAGUGACCAGUGAGGAUCAACCAGUUCACCUCCUACAGGAACCAGUACUGGAGGAGCCUAAGAAACCCAGCUAUGCUGAGAUCUGCCAGAAAGUUCCGUCCAGUGAGCCGGUGCCGCCAGCUGACCCCGCCCCCUCAGCGAAGAGCCCCGUGUGUGAGCCGGUUCCUCCGUAACGAGCAGCAGCAACGAUGAUCGCGUCAUUUCCUGCCGUGGGAAGGACGGGUUUUAUCUGUGCUGUGGAAGUGUUUACUGAUCUUAUUUAUCCUCCACCAGAAACAGUCGGCCGGUUAACAGAAUAAAAGCAUGUAGACGUGAGUUUGUUAGAAACUUUAACUGUUUAAUUUCUGUUUUUAUUUGCUGGUUUGUUGUUUAGAUGUUUUUAACGAGAGUCCGGUUCUGUUCGGAUCGGGUCUGUUUUUACAGAAAGCGGUCACAUUCUGUCGUGUUGGGUUUUAGUCUGAAAGGCGUCUGUGGACGCGUGAUGCUGACGUUAUCGUUACUAUUAUCAUUAUCAGCCACCCAGGUGCUGUUUUAUUUCUUGUUGAUUGUAAUUUUAAUUAGACAAAUGCUUAGUGCUGCAGUUACUUUGCUGCUUAAUUCAACCUUUAGUUCCAUCGUCGUGUUUUCACCGUGCUGAACACCGGUGUUUUAGAGGUUAAAGCUUGAUUCUUGUAGAGGAGGAGGGGUGGCGCCCACAGAAACACGCCUUUAUUGGCUCGGGCGGAUGCUGAGCAUCCUAAACCUGCACCGUCUCUGUACGGAGAACUUUGAUGUUCUUUUGUUUCAGUGUAAAGUUUUACUUGUAAAGUUGUUGUGUAAAAUAGCAGGCACCAUGGUGACAAAUGUUGGUUUGUAUAAGUGUAAAUAAUACAGAACAAAUAAUAAAUAAGUGCCUCUGAU